AUGCUGCAGGACUACCACAUCCUCGUCAAGGGGAACAACGACAUGCUGUCCAUCACCCAGCCGCACAUCAUCAAGGAGAUCCACACCAAAUACGUAGACUCGGGCUCGGACAUCAUCGCCACCAACACCUUCUCAGCGACCACGAUCGCUAUGGCCGACUACGAGAUGGAGAAGGACGUCUACGAGCUCAACUUCGAGAGCGCCCGCCUGGCGAGGGAGGCCUGCGAAGAGGCCACGGCCAAGGACCCCACCAAGCCGCGCUUCGUGAUGGGAGCCCUCGGUCCCACGAACCGGACGGGAUCCAUCUCUCCGGAUGUGGAAGACCCUUCGUUCCGAAACGUAACGUUCGACGAGCUGGUGGUGGCCUACAAGGACCAGACCAAGGGCUUGAUCGACGGCGGGGCGGACAUCAUCAUCGUAGAGACUAUCUUCGACACGCUUAACGCCAAGGCCGGAGUGUUUGCGGUUCGAGAGUACUUUGACGAGCAAGGGAUUACGGACGUCCCUCUGUUCGUGUCGGGUACGCUGGUGGACCAGUCGGGCAGGACGCUCUCCGGUCAGACCACAGAGGGCUUCUAUGUGUCCAUGAGGCAUUGCAAGCCUUUCUGCAUCGGGCUCAACUGCGCCCUCGGGGCCUCCCAGAUGCGGCCGUUCCUGCAGCGCCUCGCCAAGGUGGCGGAGUGCUUCGUCCACGUUUACUCCAACGCGGGGCUGCCGAACGCCAUGGGCGGGUACGACGAAACCCCCGAGGACAUGGCUCGCGACAACCUCCUCUUCGCCGAGGAAGGGCUCAUCAACAUGCUCGGCGGCUGCUGCGGAUCGACCCCGGCGCACAUCAAGGCUAUGAAGGACGCGGUUGAGCCUUGCAGCACUCGCGCGCUGCCGCCCCCUCGCGAGCCCUUCAUGUGGCUCUCCGGCCUCGAGGAUCUGAUCGUCACCAAGGAGCGGUUCCAGUUCCUGAACGUCGGGGAACGGUGCAACGUUAGCGGUUCUAUCCGCUUUAAGAAGCUCAUCCUCAAAGGUGACUACCAGACAGCUAUGGACGUUGCCAAGCAACAGGUGGAAGACGGUGCGAUGGUGAUCGACAUCAACCUGGACGACGGCCUACUUGAUGGCAUGGCCGCCAUGCAAAAGUUCUGCAAGAUCGCGGUCACCGAGCCAGACGUUAGCAAGGUCCCGUUCAUGAUCGAUUCGUCCAAGUUCCCCAUUGUGGAGGCCGGUCUGAAGUGGGUGCAGGGCAAGAGCAUCGUCAACUCCAUCUCUCUCAAGGUCGGCGAGGAGGAGUUCAAACGACACGCGAGGAUCGUCAAGGCGCACGGAGCGGCGGUUGUGGUGAUGGCCUUCGAUGAGGAAGGCCAGGCCGCCGACUGCGACAACAAAGUCCGCAUCUGCAAGCGCUCCUACGACAUGCUUGUCGACGAGGUCGGCUUCCCCCCCGAGGACAUCAUCUUCGACCCCAACAUCCUCACCAUCGCCACGGGCAUCGACGAGCACAACAACUACGCUGUCGACUUCAUCCAAGCAACGGAGAGGAUCAAAGAGAUUUGCCCGUACUGCAAGAUUUCCGGCGGGGUGUCCAACCUGUCGUUCGGAUUCAGAGGGGUCAACGUCAUCCGUGAGUCCAUGCACUCGGUGUUCCUCUUCCACGCGGUCAAGGCCGGCAUGGACAUGGGCAUCGUGAACGCCGGGAUGCUGGAGGUGUACGACGACAUCGAGCCCGGCCUGCUAAAGAUCGUCGAGGACGCCGUGAACAACAGGCACUCCGGCGCGACGGAGGCAUUGCUCGAUGCCGCGGAGAUCGAGAAGGAGAAAGCCUUGAAGAACAAGGGGAAGGGCACCGUAGAGGCCUCCGGCUGGCGGACACAGGGGGUGCAGGAGCGCUUGACGCACUCCCUCAUCAAGGGCAUCGACCAGUGGGUCAUUGAGGACGUGGAAGAGUGCAGGCUGAUGCUGGACGAUCAGGGCAAGCGUCCGCUGGACGUGAUCGAAGGGCCUCUCAUGUCCGGGAUGAACGUUGUCGGAGACCUCUUCGGAGCGGGAAAGAUGUUCCUGCCUCAGGUGAUCAAGUCUGCCCGCGUAAUGAAGAAGGCAGUGGCCCACCUCCUGCCGUUCAUGGAGGCCGAGAAGCUGGCUAAAAUGAUCGCCGACGGCAUCGAUCCCGACUCGAUCGACGACGAGGACGACUCCCAGUACGCCGGGAAGGUUCUUAUCGCCACCGUCAAGGGGGAUGUGCACGACAUCGGCAAGAACAUCGUCGCCGUCGUGCUGGGCUGCAACAACUACAAGGUGUACGACAUGGGCGUGAUGCAGCCGUGCGACCUGAUCUUGGCCAAGGCGAAGCAGCUUAAGGUCGAUGUCAUCGGUCUCUCUGGGCUAAUUACCCCCUCUUUGGAUGAGAUGGUCUUUGUCGCCAAGGAAAUGGCAAAGGGCGGGUUCAAGCUGCCUCUGCUCAUCGGCGGUGCCACGACUUCCAAGAUGCACACCGCGGUGAAGAUCAGCCCUCAGUACGCGUCGCCGGAGACACCGGUUAUCCACGUGCUGGACGCUUCCAGAUCGGUGACGGUUGUUGGUGCUCUCCUGAGCGACCGCAAACCGGACUAUGUCGAGGAGAUAAUGGAGGAGUACGAAGAGCUGCGGGAGGAGCACUACGCCGGGCAAGAGGAGAGGCACUACCUCCCCUUCGAGAAGGCAAGCUCCAAGCGCAAGAACAUCGACUUCGAGAAGCGCCCGCCCGUGCCUCCCCCCAACAAGCCGGGAAUUACGGUCGUCACGGGCUCCUACGAGCUCGACGACGUCCUGGACUACAUCGACUGGAAUCCGUUUUUCCAGACGUGGGAGUUGAGGGGUAGGUACCCCAACCGCGGCUACCCCAAGAUUUUCAACGACGAGUCGGUGGGAGAGGAGGCCAAGAAGCUCUUCGAGGAAGCUCAAGUCAUGCUCAAGAAGAUCGUCAAGGAAAAGUCAUUGAACCUUGUCGGCCUCGUCGCCAUCUUCCCGGCAGCCACGGUGGACGGAGAGGACGUCGAGGUCUACGCGAACGACAGCAGGGAAGAGGUGUUGGCGCGGUUCUGCAUGCUCCGGCAGCAGGCCGAGAAGGAGAGCGACGAUCCUUACCUCAGCCAGGCAGACUUCAUCGCGCCAAAGGAGAGUGGCGUGGCGGACUAUAUGGGGAUGUUCGCGAUCGCGUGCAUGGGUUGCGAGAAGAUGGUGAAGGAAUUCGAGGAUCUCAACGACGACUACUCCAAGAUCAUGGUUCAGGCGCUGACGGACCGAUUCGUGGAAGCCUUCGCGGAAAAGCUGCACGAAGACAUGCGCAAGGACAUAUGGGGAUACGCUCCGGACGAGAAGGUGGAGGGUCAGGACUUGUUCAAGCUCAAGUACCAGGGCAUCCGCCCUGCCCCGGGAUACCCGUCCCAACCCGACCACACCGAGAAGCGCACCAUGUGGGAUCUGCUCAACGCCGCCGAGCUGACUGGCAUCGAGCUGAGCGAAUCCCUGUCGAUGAUGCCAGCGUCGUCGGUUUCCGCCCUGGUGUUCGCGCACCCUGAUUCCGAGUACUUCGCCGUCGGAACGAUCGCGAAAGACCAGGUAUCGUCUUACGCCGAGCGCAAGGGAAUGGAUCUAGAGACAUGCGAAAAGUGGCUCUCUCCCAUACUCAGCUACGACCGGGAUUGACCAGACCAUGACCAACACCAGCAAACAUACAACAAAGGCUAAGUAAAUUUGGUGAAACGUCUACAGCUGGGCGGCAGGGUAGCAACGGAGCGUACCAUCGCCGUCAUCAUGGCUAUUUUCGCCAAGCACCCCCCCGUCCUCCAUCCUGAUGGUCCUUGUAUAGAAACGGGAGUAUUUGGAGCCUUCCCCCGCCUCCUCUAUGGGAGCGCCAGGGUCUGCUAGACAGUUCAUUGGGUAGCGCGAGAGCUAGCGUUGUGUUAGGGAGUAACAAAAGGGAGGGGGGGGAGGUGGCAGCGCGACACGUCGUGUUGGUGUUCGAUCUUGCGGUGCCCCCCGUUAGUAGGUCGACAUAUUCGUUGCCCACUUCUACAUGUUUCAUGUGUCGUACACGGCUGCUGCGGCAUCAUCUGCCGUGAAUUGGCUGCCUCUGGCUGCAAGAUGUCUUCGAUGCAUGCUUUGUUGCUGAGAGAACCAACGGCAACGGCAUCAGCGCGUGCGUGUGUCAAUUUUUUAAGUUUAAGUUGAGGAACGAGAGGAGGAGACAGACAGAGCAAGAAAGCCGGCUACGUUUUCACUUGUUUCUCUCCCCCCGGAGUCUUGUCGACGUGUUUGAUCGUGUUUGUUGCCUCGUGGUGAAUCGCGCGGGAUAAGCGCGGUGCGAUUAGCGAAAAGGAUGAGUGACAUGGAGGAAAGAAGACCCACGUUGCGUGCUCAUCUGUGCUGUUAUGCGUGUCGGUUGAUUGGUGUAUAUGGUCGGGUCCCGCUAUUCUCCAAAGUCGCCACCUGUGAAGCAGUGGUCGAGCCCGUCCCUCUUUGUGGGAUUCAUGCAUAAGCAUGCCUAGGCGUGCUUCCCGUAGCAUAAGACAUGCAGUUGGUUAUACGAAUAUGGCAGCAGUUGGCGUGGACGCGACACCGAGUAGUUAUCUUUAGGCCACAAGUGCCACCAUGAAGGUGCGGUAGCACGGCACAGCCCCAACCGUUCCAGAAAGGGAUGGGUUCCCUGGACGAUUUGAUGCAUGGUGUGGUAUUUUCCUACAGUGUAGUGUGCGGUUGUUUUUUCUGGUAAAUGUGCAGGGCGUAAGAUAUGGGAGCGAGCAUGGAUACGCCCGUUCUGUGUUGUCUCUCUCCACUCUACUUUCAGCGACGUUAUUGCGCGGGGGAGGAUAUUGCUGGUGUGCGAAGGAGCGAUCGUUUGUCUUUACGACGGCGGCACGACCACUAAUAAUUGAUUCUUGACAGUGCGGGGCCGGCCCUGGAUGUGACUGUACCAUACCUUCCUUAGGUCCUCUUCAAGAAGAUUGGUGCAUGGCACCUUCAAGCCCAUGGGCAUGCGAGGUGCUGUACAGCAGUAGUAGUAGUGCGUGCUGCGCGGUAGGCGUGUCUUCCAAGAUUGAGGGGGUAAGGUACCCCAUUGGUCGUAUAUGCCCGCGGUAAAAUGAACGGAGGAAUUUAUUUCCCGUGUUGUUGCCAUGCCCAGGUUGUUGUUGGUGACUGGUGUCUUAGCCGUUUGCUCCAAUCUACAUGUGGUUGUUCAUUCGAAUCUCAUCUCUAUUGAUACGUUAUCCAAUGCGAACGUGGACGGAACGAUUGAUUC